AGCGGUCACACUAAUCUAAAAAUAAAAAUAAGUUCCAGUGCAAAAAAAAAUAAAAAAUUGUUGAAAUAUAACUAGUUCUAGACUUAUUAAGGAAGUAUUCUGCUAAGAAAAAGGUGCGCGUUCGACUAGCCACUCCCAACAAUGUCCAAGUCCAGCGCAGCACGUUGGGUGAAGUUCUUCAAUGCCGCUGGUAUACCAUCGCCGGCGGCUGCAGAUUAUGCACACAUGUUCGUUGAGAACCGGAUUCAGGAGGACAUGCUCCUGGACCUGAACAAGGAGUACUUGCGGGAAAUGGGUAUCACGCUUAUGGGUGAUAUAAUAGCCGUACUGCGCCACUCGAAGAGCGUAUACGAGCAGAAUGCGCGUGAUAUGGUUCUCACGGUUGAUCCCGUAGCACUGGCCGGUGUCGCCCCCUCCCCCGUUGUCAAGUCGGUGGCUGCUACAGUGUCGACUGGUUCCAAGCGGAAGGCGUCACCUCCCAGAAAGCCGGCGAGACGGGUUCUACCCGAGCAUGAGGGCAAGUAUAAGGUUACACUGCCCUUAGGAACCACCGAGCGAAGCAAACAGAUUCUAGCCAAGCGGGAGAAACUGUAUUCAGAUCGCGUGAGCAGCACCAAGAAGUCCGACAUCUUUUCACGCCUACACAAGCCGGCCGAAAGCGACGAUGAGGCCCAGGAAGGCAUUGUGUCCAGCUCGGGCGAAAGCAGCGUCCGCGUGCACAUCACCGGGAUCAAAAAAACAGCAGAUACCAGCAGCAACAGUUCGGUGUUUGCGCGACUCGGCGGCAAGCACACAUUUGAUUCACCCCAGACCUCUGGCACUUUGACUAAGGAAAUCAAAUCGAUUUUGAAGAACACACAACGCACCGUCAGUGGAGGAGCAGGAGUGAGUAGGAAUUCGCCCAUAGUCAAGGCGAAGAGAAUAGCUUCGACCGCUGUUUCGACUGCUACUGCGCUGCAGCCGCAGCAAAAGGUGAUGCUCGUCCACAAGGUGCCAUUGAAGAAGUGCGACGAUAGUGAGGACGACAGCAUGGUCAGUGGCGAUGAUGAUAUUCAAGUGUCGUUCGACUCUAGCGAUGGGAGUGAUGUCGAGAUGUCAGGCGGUGAAAAGAGUGUAAAAUUCGCCUCCGUUGCGGAGGUCAGGGAAAUCGCACCACAGACCGCUUACAAAGCACGACACGGCAAGAAUCUGGCCAACAAUAUCAAAUCGCGUUUGGGAAUGGUGUCCAAGCUUCAUGCCACAAAGAAGACAUACAAUCUGAAGGCGUCACCCUCGAAGAAACCGCAGGCUCGCAUCAGUCCCGUCAAGGGCAAGACCAUACGCAUGCGCAGCGAUGAGCUGCUAACCCGACAGGACACUCUGUCGGUGCACAAGAGAUUGGGCAGUGGCCCAGCCCCAGUCCCUGCCAAAAUGGCUCCUCCGCCCGUUUACCGUCAGCCGCGGCAAGAGCCGCCAAAGUACGUGCCCCCACGUCGUUACAACAGCAUGAAUGCUGGCCGCAACAAGCCACGCGGCGCCCCCAGCUCUGUCUUUGAUCGCUUGGGCUUCAAUAACUCUAUGUAAAACUUUGUAUGCGUGCCCCACGAAUUGUUUAAGUUCUUUCUUUGGUCCCGUUAGUUAACCAGUAAAAGUUUAAAAGUCUAUAAAUAACGUAAUCAACCGAAA